AUGAAAGAAAGCGACGCUUUCAUGCAGCAACUGGUGGACGACCUCAGCUUCGACUCGUACGCGGUUGCAGAAGAAAGUCUGUAUCCGACUCCGCCGCUCGACUCGAACCUCAGCCAGCUGUUCGACGAUACCCAUUUUGACUACCACGUUCCUCGGUACUGUCUCGACGAGCACCAUCAUCCAGACGCACCCGCAAUCGACACCCUUGGGUCCCUAAUUGACGGUCACGUGACAGAACACCCGUCGGCGGACGAGGCACCGGAGUCCAACUACAACUGGAAGCAGGAGCCCCGCGGCGCGGAGACCCCCGUUGCGAAGCACGAGUCAGACCUGUACGAGGGCCAAUUGCGCACUCCGUGUCGCGGGCUGGACUACUACCGGGUGCGCAACAAUGUCACGAUCCGGGCCUUUGAAGGUGUUGCGCAGCACGGGUCCCAGUACGUCUACCACGAGAACCGCAAGUACGGGACAAGUUUGUACGAGCCUGCGGUGAACAGGAAGCUGCGGACGGAGGAGGCAGCGGGCGAGACAGCACAGACGUCGCGCAAGAAGAGCGUCAACAUGGGCAACUUUGCGCUGUGCCCGUUUUGCCCCAUGAACGAAGAAAACACAAAGAACGAGUUCCAGAAGCUUUUUUUCAAGCGCAACGACAGCAACUACUUGCAUCACAUGAUUCAGUUCCAUGGGGUGUUUUCGAACGGCAAGCUGGUGAAGGACCCGGUGAAGAGGGGAUGGUUCUUCCCGAAAGACAGUCUGGAGCCCGUGGAGGUUGUUGAGUGUCCGUACUGUUUGGAGUGUGUUUCGUUGAAGAAGUUCAAAGCAGCCAAUCCAGACGAACACCGCCUGCUCAAGUACCUGCGCCACGUGAAGGAAUACCAUAAGACGGGCAAGAACCUGCAACAGGUGUCGUUUUCGUCCGAACGGCAGUAA